AUGAUCAGGAAGCAAACAAACGAUCGAACCGCGAAUCGCCGGCGUCCUCAGCUAUGGCAGAGCUGCACAAAUCUCCGAUCUUUGAAGCAAAUUCACGCUUUUAUGGUCGUUAAUGGCCUCAUGACUAAUCUUUCCGUUGUCGGAGAGCUAAUUUACUCGGCUUCUCUCUCUGUUCCGGGUGCGCUUAAACACGCACACAAGUUGUUCGACGAUAUUCCUAAACUAAACGCAGCCAUUUGCAACCAUGUGAUGCGCGGCUCUGCUCAGAGCCUGAAACCCGAGAAAACGGUCUCUUUGUACACCGAGAUGGAGAAACGUGGCGUGAGGCCUGAUAGGUACACGUUUACGUUUGUGCUCAAGGCGUGUUCGAAGCUUGAGUGGAGAAGCAAUGGAUUCGCGAUUCAUGGGAAAGUGGUGAGACAUGGGUUUGUGUCUAACAACUAUGUUAAGAACGCUUUGAUCCUUUUUCAUGCUAAUUGCGGAGAUUUGAGGAUUGCAAGUGAGCUUUUUGAUGAUUCUGCGAGAGCUCAUAAGGUUGCUUGGUCUUCUAUGACUUCUGGGUAUGCUAAGAGAGGGAAGAUUGAUGAGGCGUUGAGGCUUUUCGACGAAAUGCCGGAGAAAGAUCAGGUGGCUUGGAAUGUGAUGAUUACUGGUUGUUUGAAAUGUAAGGAGAUGGAUAAAGCAAGAGAGCUCUUUGAUAGGUUUGCAGAGAAAGAUGUUGUGACUUGGAAUGCAAUGAUCUCUGGAUAUGUGAACUGUGGAUACUCUAAAGAGGCGUUAAGUAUAUUCAAGGAGAUGAGAGAUGCUGGUGAGCAUCCAGACGUUGUGACGAUACUGAGUUUGUUAUCUGCUUGUGCAGAGUUGGGAGACUCGGAAACUGGGAAGAGACUUCAUCUCUACAUCUUGGAGACGGCUUCGGUUUCGAGAUCAAUGUAUGUGGGGACUCCUGUUUGGAAUGCUUUGAUUGACAUGUAUGCGAAAUGCGGAAGGAUAGAUAGUGCGAUUGAAGUGUUCAGAGGAAUGAAAGAGCGGGACUUGUCGUCUUGGAACACUUUGAUCGUCGGUUUGGCUUUGCAUAACGCGGAGGGAUCGAUUGAAAUGUUCGAAGAGAUGCAGAGGAUGAAAGUCUGGCCAAAUGAGGUGACUUUCAUUGGAGUUAUAUUAGCUUGUAGCCAUUCGGGGAGAGUUGAUGAAGGGAAAAGAUAUUUUAGCCUUAUGAGGGAUGUGUAUAGUAUUGAGCCAAACAUUAAGCAUUAUGGUUGUAUGGUUGACAUGUUGGGACGAGCAGGGCUGUUAGACGAAGCGUUUAUGUUUGUGGAGUCGAUGGAGAUUGAGCCUAAUGCCAUUGUGUGGAGAACUCUGUUAGGUUCUUGUAGGAUUUAUGGGAAUGUUGAGUUAGGGAAGUAUGCGAAUGAGAAACUGAUGAGUUUGAGAAAGGACGAGAGUGGCGAUUAUGUGUUGCUCUCUAACAUAUAUGCUUCCACAGGUCAGUGGGAAGGUGUGCAGAGAGUAAGGAAGAUGUUUGAUGAUACAGGUGUGAAAAAACCGACUGGAUACAGUUUGAUCGAAGAGGACAGUGACAAGUUGAUGAUGAGAUAUUUACUGUCUUCAGAACCUGAGUCAAAGUCUAGAGUUCGGAUUCGUUAA